UUUAAAAUUGAUUUAGAAAAUGGUGGUGUUAUUUAUGUGGUGAAGAAGGCAUGGAAUAGAAAAGCAAGCAUGGGUGGUACUGGAGACAUGGAAAACAAUAAAACGGUUGUAGAGUUGUAGUUGCUUUUGAUCCGUGACAAUAAUGGGUAGUUUGCCUGUGAUGCAGUGUGUGGGUGUGGGUUUAAAAGUUAGGUUGAGAAUCCGAUGUUGUUCGAGCACUAAGCUGGAAGCGCUUGAACAGAUUGAUAAGGAGCUAUCAAAGGGUAAUGACAGAGCUGCCCUUGCUCUUAUCAAGGAUUUGCAGGGUAAGCCCGCUGGCCUUCGCUGUUUCGGCGCUGCCACCCAGGUGCCUCAAAGGCUUUACUCUUUGGAUGAAUUGAAGCUCAAUGGAAUCGACACUUUGUCUCUUCUUUCUCCGGAAGAUACCACUCUUGGUUCCAUACAAAGAAACCUGCAGAUUGCUGCUAUUGCUGCUGGCCUCGCUGUGUACAAUGCCUUUGGGAUUUCGCCUCAACAGAUUUUCUAUAUAUCCUUGGCCUUGCUUUUUCUCUGGACAUUUGACUCCGUAUCUUUUGGUGGAGGCAUAGGUAGCUUGGUUCUUGAUACAAUUGGUCACGGUGUCAGUCCGAAAUACCACAAUAGGGUUAUUCAACAUGAAGCUGGCCAUUUUCUAGUUGCUUAUCUAGUAGGAAUACUUCCUAAAGGAUAUACUCUUUCUAGUUUGGAUGCUUUCCAGAAGGAGGGAUCCCUCAAUGUUCAAGCUGGCACUGCUUUUGUUGAUUUUGAGUUUAUUGAAGAGGUUAAUGCCGGGAAAUUAUCAGCUAGGACAUUGAACAGAUUUUCAUGUAUAGCCCUGGCCGGUGUGUCGACCGAGUAUCUCAUAUAUGGAUUUGCUGAAGGAGGUCUUGAUGACAUAAGAAAGUUGGAUUUGUUGCUCAAGGGCCUGGGUUUCACACAGAAGAAGGCAGAUUCUCAAGUUAGAUGGUCUGUGCUAAACACAAUCUUACUCUUGCGGCGGCAUGAAGCAGCUCGAGCUCGGCUUGCUGAGGCCAUGAGCAAGGGAUACUCUGUUGGAUCUUGCAUUGACAUUAUAGAAAAUUCUAUUGAUGUUUCAGACCUCUAGUUGAAACUGUUCUCCACGAUACAUUUAUUUGAACUUCCAAGAACUUCAUUUGGUGUUUCCCUGCUCCAUUCUUGUAGGAGCGACAUGUGAAUAUGUUUUGUUACAAUGGGGAACAGCAAUGGAAGGAUUGUUUAGAGAGAAAGGGACUGUUUAUAAUUCAGCAUUUGAUUUGGAUGCACUUGAAGAAGUUAAUGCUCUCAUUGUAAUUAUUCAUUUGCGAAUAAAACAUUGAAAAUUCUGAGCA